GCCGCUGGGUCCGUCUGUGUUUCCCCGAGAUGAGCCCGGGGCGGCGGGGGCUGCACAGGCUCCCGUGCCGGACGGCGCCAGGGCGGCCGCGGGGCUGAUCGAUGGUAAAUGGUGCUUUACUCACCGCCGAGACCACGCAAAUGACAAAUGACGGCGUUGCGAAGGCUGCCGGAGGGGCAGGAGACGCCUGUACCACCCUCCCCUGGGACUCUCAGAGUCAAUGGAGUUUAUUACCUUAACGUUAUUUCCUCUUUCUGAACGGCAGCUUUUUGGCAGCGCUGCUUUGCAGAUAAGGAGCCAGCCCCUGGCAGGGGCAGGGUCUCGGCACCGCGAUUUGUUUGGCCAGCGGUGGGAAGGGAAGCCCCCUGGCACAGCCCCCAGCCUCUCAGCUGACAGCGGACGAGACGGAGAAGGUGGAUAAGGGCAGGCGGCUUCUCCGAGCUCAGCUCCGAGGGGGAAGCAGCGGCGGGAUUUCAUUUGCCUGCCUCUUAAGGCAGUGAAGUCUCCAUCCCCUCCCACGCUCCCUCCCAGCCCUGACCCUGUCCGGCGCAGGGGUGGUGGGACCUCAGCAUUCAUCUGGAGUUCCCCAACAAGACCCAUGAAUCCCUAUGUCAACUGCUCCAGUUCCGAGUUCCCUCUGCCUCAGCAAGACUUCCCUGUGGAGCCCAUCAGCCCCGAUCUCAGCAACAGGACUCACCCAGAGACCUUGUUUGACCCCAAGGAUGCCAACCUGACAGAGGAGCAGCUGCGGGAUAAGUACCUGGGACCUCGACGGUCCAACUUCUUUGUCCCAGUCUGUGUCAUUUACCUGCUGAUCUUCUUGGUGGGGGCUGUGGGCAACACCCUCACCUGCAUCGUCAUCCUGCGGCACCGGUUCAUGAGGACUCCCACCAACUACUACCUGUUCAGCCUGGCCGUGUCCGACCUGCUGGUGCUGCUGCUGGGGAUGCCACUGGAGCUGUACGACAUGUGGAGCAACUACCCCUUCCUGCUGGGGGCCAGUGGCUGCUAUUUCAAAACGCUGCUCUUUGAGGCCGUCUGCUUCGCCUCCAUCCUCAACGUCACAGCCCUGAGCGUGGAGCGCUACAUCGCCGUGGUUCACCCGCUCAAAGCCAAGUACGUGGUGACCAGGAACCACGCCAAGAGGGUCAUUGUCACCAUCUGGGUCUUGUCGGUCAUCUGCUCCAUCCCCAACACCAGCCUCCACGGGCUGCAGCCUCUCUAUGUGCCGGGACGGGGGCGGGUGCCCAAUUCAGAGAUCUGCACCCUGGUGAAACCACGCUUGACCUACAAUCUCAUCAUCCAGGUCACCACCAUCAUCUUCUUCUUCCUGCCCAUGGGGACCAUCAGUAUCCUCUACCUUCUUAUUGGCCUGCAGCUCAAGAAAGAAAAGAUGCUGGAAGCCUUGGGAGCCAAGACCGGCAGCAGCCGCAACUGCCACAACACCCAGGGGCAGAAGAAAGUCAAGAGGAGGCAGGUCACAAAGAUGCUGUUCGUGCUGGUGGUGGUGUUUGGGAUCUGCUGGGCUCCCUUCCACACCGACCGCCUCGUCUGGAGCUUUGUCUCCACCUGGACCAGCAGCAUGCUCCACAUGUUCCAGUACGUCCACAUCAUCUCCGGCGUCUUCUUCUACCUGAGCUCGGCCGCCAACCCCAUCCUGUACAACCUGCUGUCCACGCGGUUCCGGGAGGCGUUCCGGGAGGCGCUGUGCCGGCCGCGGCGCCGCUCGCCCUGGGCUCGCCGCUCGUCGCGCAGCGUCACCCGCACCGCCUCCCGCAGCACCGAGUGCGAGCCCGCGCCCGCCUCCUGCGCCCUGCCCCUCGCUGCCCUGGACUGCGAGCUGGGGGACGUGCACAGGGGCCAGGCAAUGUCCCUCUGCUGAAGAGCGGGAGCAGCUUUCCUCACCGCCAGCACCAUCUGAC